AUAAGAAAGAGAUAACAUCAAGAAUUUGCAAAAUAAUAAUAAACUUAAUUUGCCCAAGCAAAGGAACUCGAGACUCGAGAGCCAGAGAAGAAUUAAUUUAGCUUGCGCUUGUAGAGCCGGUGUAAUCUGUCUAUAUUGUGACUCUGUGACUGAUAAGUCAUGGUAAAGGAUACCGAAUAUUAUGAUAUCUUGGGAGUUGGAGUUGAUGCUUCGCCUGCGGAUAUUAAGAAGGCUUACUAUAUCAAGGCCAGGGUUGUCCACCCUGAUAAAAAUCCUGGAGAUUCACAAGCUGCUCACAAUUUCCAGGUGCUUGGAGAAGCUUAUCAGGUAUUGAGUGACCCUGAAAAGCGUGAAGCAUAUGACAAACACGGGAAAGAGGGAGUACCACAAGACUCUAUGGUUGACCCUGCAGCUGUGUUUGGAAUGAUGUUUGGGAGUGAAUACUUUGAAGAUUAUAUAGGGCAGCUUGCAUUGGCUUCCAUGGCAUCUGUUGAAGUUGAUGAAAAAUUAGCCCCUGAAGUUCAAAAACAGAAAAUUCAGGAGAAGAUGAAGGCCAAUCAAAAGGAAAGGGAAGAGAAGCUCAUAGUACUUCUGAAAAAUCGUCUACUACCAUUUGUUGAAGGUCAAACUACCGAGUUUGUGGAAUGGGCAAAAUCAGAAGCCCGUCGUCUUUCUGAAGCUGCUUUUGGUGAGGCUAUGCUGCAUACUAUUGGUUACAUAUACACGAGACAAGCUGCAAGAGAAAUGGGGAAGGGCAAGCGUUACAUGAAGGUUCCGUUUCUUGCCGAAUGGGUGCGGGAUAAAGGGCAUUGGAUAAAGUCUCAAGUUUCAGCAGCUUCAGCCGCCGUGUCCUUGAUUCAAAUACAGGAGGAGUUGACCAAGUCAGGUGAAGGAGAGAUUAAGGACGAGCAUACCAUCAAAAUGUUUGAAGAAAAGAAAGAUGCAAUGGUUAAUUCCCUUUGGCAGAUUAACGUGGCAGAUAUUGAGUCAAUUUUAUCUCGUGUUUGCCAAGCAGUUCUCAAAGAUCCCAGUGCUUCCAAGGAUGUUCUCAAGCUGCGGGCCCGAGGAAUGCGGAAACUUGGAACAAUUUUUCAAGUAUGGAAAUGCUUAACUCAAAAUUCUGUUUGAAUUUUUAUCGGAAACAUAGUAUCUUUCCUUGAAAGUUCACCUCCUUUCCUAUAAUUUUUGAAAUGAAGCAUUGCCAAACAUUUACAUAAAGAGUUAAUUGGUGAAUUUUAGAUAUAUAGAAGAUUCAUACACCACAUUCUUCCUCCUUGAAACCAUAAACUCGGAAGUCAAAGUGUUGUUCAUUUGUUGAGUUUUCAUUUAAUUGCUUUGUGCAAACUUUCAAAGGCUUGUCAUAUCCUCGAAGAUAUUGUCGAUGGAUCCCAAAAGUAAUCUCAAACUAAGAGGGGGCAAAUAUUGCUUAAAGGAUAACGUAUUCUAAACGUGUUUCAAGUCUCAAAUUUCAUACUGUCUCUUGUAUUUUCUCCAAUAAGUUCAUCUAUUUUUGAAGUCUCAUAUGUGAUUUUCUUCUGUCAUUUUUAAAAAGUUCCAGUCUUUAAUCUCGUCAUAGUUUUCCAACAAAAGGUAAUUCCUCUUCUAGAAUUCUUCUGAGAUCCCCUAUAAGAUAUUUUGAUUGAUUUGUUUUCUGAAAUUAUUAAUGCUAUGGUUAAAAUGAGUUGGCAGGAAGCCUGGAGCCAAGCAUAAUCUUGUCUGGCUAAGCUUAGAAAUUCUUAUAAGUUCACUAAUAAGAUUCUAAUUAUGUUUUGCAUGUUCAUAUUUAUAUAUUGGUUCAUCUUAUUUUGGAAACGAGCGAUUU